AUGCAUGGCCGAUUUGUGCUGGCAAUGACACUGUGGCUGUGCGCCACUCACCUUCUGCAGGUACAGACACCGGGAAGACAUUACACGAACACCAAGAGCGGCUUAGACGUCUGCGCCUAUCGUAACAGAGACGCCGCCGACAUCAACGCUCUGCGAGGCGACGCAGGUGCCUUCAGGCCUGGUUCCAGAGACCCUUGUAAAGCCGCGUUCCCCCAAAAGCCGAGCCUCUCCAACCGCGUCUACCGGCGGGGCUGUGCAAGAGUCGCUGGCGUCUUGGGAAGUCAGUACCUUCCAAUCGCCUGUUGCCAGCCAAGCAUUGGCAGAACAUUGGCAGAUGGUGCCACGACACUAGCCCGCAACUUUGAUUUGUUACACACCAACUUUGUUCAACUCGAUCGACGCUCCAAAUGGAACUUGCGAUUGGAGCAGGCCACCAACAAGAAUCCACAAUUGCCUUGGCCUGCGUGUCGUGUUCUUAACGAGCCAAGAGUACAAGAGAUCGACGCUCAGCUAGUUGAAGAUGGCUGUGGAGAGACAGCGAAUGGUCGCCAAGAUUUGGCACAUUGCUAG